AUGAAGCUCUUCCUUUCUCUCCUUCUUGGCACACUGCUGCUCGCGCUGGACGUGAGCUGCGCAGGAAGCAAAGACGCCCUUUCACAGCCCAUCGAUAUCGAAAUGUCAGACGUGAGGCGCGCAUCGCUAGAGACAAAGCCUCGACAACAAGCCAGCAGCAAGGGCAAAGCGCCCGCGUUCAUGUCGGACAAGCUCGACUCGCUACCUCACGAAGCGCCCGCGUUCAUGUUGGACAGGCUCGACUCGCUACCUCGCGAAGCGCCUACUCGCUUCGAUCAAGCAUCCACCUCCUACCACUCUGACGACGAGUCGGGCUCCAGCCUGAGGCGCUGGAACGAGCACCACGGUGCAACGGCUUCGUACCGAAUGGACGUCGUCCAUACGAAGCCCUUGCGAUCGAGUCGCGCCUCUGCCAUGAUCGACCAGAUCGAAGAGCUGCACGACGCAAGAGUCGUGCCCACUAGACCACGCUCCUUUCAAAAGCAUGCCCUGCAAUGCACCCAUCCAGAUUGUCGUCAUCUCCACCCGGCGGCGACCACCCACGCCCGCCCUCCUCCCGGCAACAUCGCAAUCAAGCCAUCGUCGUCGAGUGGGCAAAGCGAAAUGUCUAGCCGCGUCCUGCGCACAUUCUCCCUCACUGGCACGAGGACGUCGUUGGGCAAAUCGAUGCUGAAAUGGGUCAGCAAGGGGUAA